ACAACCGGUGAAACCAUCGGCAAACGAGUAUUAAAACCAAGCAAGAUUUUACGCAUAUAUCUCUGCAAUCCAACGACAACCUCGUCGUUCCAUCUGCUUCAACGAAACCAAAACGGAAAAUGCGCAGCGCCGUCGCCGUGUUUCCUUUCCUGUUCUUCUUGCUGUCCGGGUUUGUUAACGGCCGCGUUCUGCCUGAGUCAACUCCCAGGCCGUCGCCGGACGCCGCCGCCGCCUUCGCGCGGUGGCUGGUGUCUCAGAACUCGUGGGGCGUGCUCAGCACGCUCGCCGCCGACUCGGGAGGAGCGCCGUUCGGAAAUGUCGUGUCGUUCAGCGACGGCUUACCCGACAAAGGCCUCGGAGUUCCGUAUUUUUACCUCACAACUCUCGACCCGACCGCCAGGUACGGCCUGAAAGAUCCCAGAGUAUCGCUUACGCUCAGUGAAUAUUCCCUCGGAACCUGCGGCAACAACGAUCCCGAGAGCCCCCUCUGCUCCAAAAUCACCUUAACAGGAAAGUUCAAAUUGGUCGAUGGGAAAUCUAAGAAUCUUGUAUCAAGUUGGCCUAAGGAUCACAAUUUCGAGGUGUACACUAUGGAGAUUGAGGAUAUAUACCUCAUCAAUUUUUUCGGCGGUCCUAAACCUCUGACGGUAGAUCAGUACCUGAAGUGGAAGAGUUCCUGAAACAUUAGUAUGUAUAUGCUUGUGACAAUGACCAGAUGGUCAGUUCUGUAUUGUAAAUUUGUAAUAAAUGGAGUUUGGUUUUGUUAAAAAUCAAUACAAUGCAAUUAUAAACCGCCUUUAUUAUGUGGGCGUUUUUAUGCUGCUAA